UCUGCAGUAACAUCAUCAUCCGCACCCACCAUGGAGAAGUGGCCUUGUUCCAGGGCUGCCCUUCUCCUGCUGGCCUUCUUCCCUCCAGGAAGGGCCUUCUGGCUGUUCAACGUGCUUUUCCCGCCCAGCACCACCCCAGAAGCCCCACUCUCCAACAACACCUUCCCUGUCGUGCUUGUGCCUGGUGUCCUCGGGAACCAGCUGGAGGCCAAGCUGGACAAGCCAGACGUGGUGAACUGGAUGUGCUACCGUAAGACAGAAGACUAUUUCACCAUUUGGUUGAACCUGAACCUGUUUCUACCCCUGGGGGUGGACUGCUGGAUUGACAACACCAGGGUGGUAUACAAUAGGACCACCCGGAGGAUGUACAACGCCCCUGGAGUGCAUAUCCGUGUCCCUGGGUUUGGCAAAACCUACUCUGUGGAAUACCUGGACAAGAGCAAGCUAGCCGGUUAUCUGCAUACCUUGGUGCAACAUUUGGUCAAUAACGGCUACGUGCGGGACCAGACUGUGAGAGCUGCACCUUAUGACUGGAGAAUUGGGCCCAAUGAACAAGAGGACUAUUUCCAGAAACUGCGGGCCAUGGUGGAGGAGAUGCGUGUGGCCUACGACAAGCCCGUCUUCCUGCUUGGCCAUAGUCUUGGCAACCUCAACCUCCUCUAUUUCCUGCUCCAGCAGCCCCAGUCCUGGAAAGACCAUUUCAUCCAGGGCUUCAUUUCCCUGGGAGCCCCGUGGGGAGGAGCCGUAAAAACCAUGAAGGUCUUGGCCACAGGAGACGACCAUGGCAUCCCUCUCGUGUCCAGUAUCAAGCUGCGAGAAGAGCAGCGCAUGACCACCACCAGCCCCUGGAUGUUGCCCACCAUGUUAGCCUGGCCUGAGACCCACACCUUCAUCUCCACCCCCUUCCGCAACUACACCUACCAGGACUACUGGGACUACUUCAUUGACGUGAACUUUGAGGAUGGCUGGUACAUGUGGAACGACACCAAGGACUUGCUGAAAGGGUUGCCCCCGCCGGGCGUGGAGGUCUUCUGUGUGUAUGGCACAGGGCUCCCCACAGCAGAGACCUACAUCUAUGAUGACAGCUUCCCCUAUGAGGACCCAGUGGAUGUUGUGUAUGUGGACGGCGAUGACACAGUCAGCAGGCGCAGCUUGGAGCUGUGCAGGCGGUGGGGUGGCCAACAGAAGGAGGCAGUCCAUGUGCUGGAGCUGCCUGGCGUGGACCACUUCAACAUGGUCUUUGACAACCGCACCCUCAACUACAUCAAUGAGAUCCUGCUCAGCAGCUCCAAAAAUAUGUCUGUUGCAGAAGAUGAAGGCAGAGCUGAGUGAGAGGAGAGGGAGCCCCACCGGAAAAGGGGGGGAACCUUCUCCAGGCUGAGGGAAGCAGCAAUGGGGGCUGGUUCAUCCCAUCCUGUCCCAUCCCAUCCUCCUCCAUCCUCCUCCAGUCUGGUGGGAACUUUCACAGGUUCUUGCCAUGUAAUUUUAAGGUGUCCCAAGGGAUAUGACAGCUGCAUGCAUGGGGAUGAGCAACUCACUCCUGCCAUCUCCCCCUUUCGGUAAGAGGGAAGGUGUGUGCAAAUUCCUCAGAGCUACAGCUGUGCUACUCUGUUCCAUGAUGAGCACAACGUUUCAUGACGGCUUGUGUGCCCUGCUCCACCCUACAGCUCUUGGUGGAAACAUGGAGGUAAACGCACGAACCAAGCCAGAGUUCUACCUACUGCAUGUAAACCCUGGAGAGCAGCAGGGCCAGCCCAGAACAGCUUGAGUUUCUCCCAUCCUGCUUUCAGCCAAGUCCAGCUCUUUCCCAACAAGGCAAGGGGAGACCCUCCUUCCCCUGCCUGAGGACAGGCUCACAUAAACACGCUGUGUGUUGCACACAAUGUGGGCCCCCGAGAGGCCUGGCCUGGCAACAGGCUUGAGCUUGAGGGGCAGCAGGGCCGGCCCUCUCCUGCCAUGUCACUUGCCUCCCCCAAGGCUUUGCAAAGCCGGCAGACACACUCCUGACUCAGAAACCAGACAGGAAGCACUUUUGCCUUCCUAAAAAGGAAGGGGGGGCUCCCAGUUCCAGCUGCCUCUUCUCUCAUCCCAACUCCCUAAGUGAUUGUGGUGGGCAGGCGGGUGCUACAUUUGUGUGCAACUUUUGACAAGCAAGCUUUGCAAAUAACUAAGUGGGAAGCAAUGGAUUUGUCACAGGGAGGGAAGCACAGCAGAAUUUGGGCUCACUUCAGGCCUAGAGUAGCUGGUGGAUGAGGCCCGCACCCUCAAGGCUCACACAAGCCCUGUCAUCCCUCCUUUUAUUCCUACAUCAAGUGUGUCACUAAAAACAAAAGGAAGUGGUUUUGUGAAAAUG